AUGUCAGGACAACGGACUCAUGCUGAUUUACUACGGGAGGCCAUGCUAGAAAAUGAUGAUGAUAUAGGCUCUGCAACACCUCCCGAUGGGAUCUCUGCCACGCCACAACCAGAGUUUACCGACAAGCGUUUCCCAAGCAUAAUACCGAGCUAUUUUCAGGUUCGUGGUUCCGAUUCUACUAAAGAACACGAUUUUCUUGUAUAUCCUCAUCUUGAUGUGGAGGUGAAGGCUUCCCCUGAUAAUACCUCGUUAUCUGGCUCUGUUAAUACACCGCCGUUGACCCCGAGGGCGAUGUCAACAAAUGAACCUCCCCAACUAGAUAGGUCCACUCGUUCCCCUCCUCACGACCAUCCUGAAGCGAUAAAGUCGGGCGAGCGAACCCCCCAGCCUUCAUCUUCUCGUUCUACUGGCAAUACAGUGACUCAAGGGAUUCCGGUAGGGUCGCUAAAAGGAAAACUAUCCAUCAAAAUAUCGGAGGGACGAGGCCUACGACCAAGUUACGACCCUUACGUUGUGUGCGUCUUCGAAUUGAAUGAGUACAUUUCCAAAGGCGCCCAAACGGGGGAGGGGGAUGAUGUCGAGACUACGAAGGAAGCAGAGGAUACUCUAUCCUCAGUACCAAUCCAACGAUCGAACAGUGACUCUGGGCGCCCAAUGGCAAUCCCAAUGAAAAGUCGACAAAGUAGUAAUAACAGUCUGUUGGACAAUCAUGAUCAUAAAGAGUCAGGCGUAGUGAUGGAUCCUCAGUGGAAUCAUGAAGCUGUUUUUGAUGUCCUUGGAGACGAAUCGGAAAUUGAGGUUUCGGUUUAUGACAGGUCGAAUCAUGAAGCAUUUUUAGGUCAUGUAAAAUUGAGUGCCAGCUUCAAGGAGGAUAACCAGUCUAUUUCAGGUUGGUAUCCGCUAGUGGCUCGCGGUCGGCUCGACGGGCAUGUGUCUGGAGAAAUACACUUAGAAAUGAGCUUUCAGAAAACAGAUAAGAAGCAAUUUGGGCCAAAUGAUUUCCAAAUCCUAAAACUCAUAGGGAAAGGAACGUUUGGACAAGUAUAUCAAGUGAGGAAGAAGGACACGCAACGAAUAUACGCAAUGAAAGUCCUCUCCAAAAAGGUGAUCAUACAGAAGAAGGAGGUUGCCCAUACACUUGGGGAAAGGAAUAUCCUGGUUCGAACUGCAAUGACGAAUUCUCCAUUUAUAGUGGGCCUCAAAUUUUCUUUCCAGACGCCAACUGAUUUGUACCUUGUCACGGACUACAUGUCGGGAGGGGAGCUAUUCUGGCAUCUACAAAAGGAAGGCAGAUUUCAAGAAGCCAGGGCGAAGUUUUACAUUGCUGAGCUGAUAUUGGCGUUACAACAUCUACACGAACAUGACAUCGUUUAUCGGGAUCUUAAGCCAGAAAACAUUUUACUUGAUGCAAAUGGCCACAUUGCGCUUUGUGAUUUUGGACUAUCAAAAGCAAACUUGACGAAAAAUCAAACGACUAAUACGUUUUGUGGUACAACAGAGUAUCUUGCCCCUGAAGUCCUCCUAGAUGAGCAGGGUUAUACGAAAAUGGUGGAUUUCUGGUCGUUAGGCGUGCUCGUCUUCGAGAUGUGCUGUGGGUGGAGCCCCUUCUAUGCAGAGGAUACGCAGCAGAUGUACAAAAACAUCGCCUUCGGGAAAGUGAGGUUUCCUCGUGAUGCUCUUAGCACUGAGGGACGCAAUUUCGUGAAAGGUCUGCUUAAUCGAAACCCAAAGCACCGGCUGGGAGCUACGGACGACGCGAAAGAACUCAUGGCCCAUCCCUUCUUCCAUGAUGUUGAUUGGGUCGCUUUGGCUCGGAAAAAUGUGGUCCCUCCUUUCAAACCGAAAUUGAAGUCAGUGAUGGAUACCUCAUACUUCGAUCCAGAAUUCACAACUGCAUUGGACCAAGCGACUUCCCUCAAUGCGCGCGCUGCUGCGCUCGCGGCGGGCGCCAUGCCAGCGUCAACGCCUUUAUCUCCGGGUAUGCAAGCCAAUUUCAGAGGUUUUACUUUUGUCAAUGAAAGUUCCAUGGACCAGCACAUGAGGGAUGUUCACAUGGAAAGCACGAAAUCAGAUGAUGCAUGGGUGAAACCGGCACAGCCCGCCGUGAGUGGAAGAGAUCAUCGAAUGAGCGGGAUCGUAAAGACGAGUGAGUCCACAGAAGGUGGUAUUUUUGGGGAUGAUGACUAUCACUUCGAUAUGUGA